AUUCGAAACAAUGACAUACUUCACAAGCUGGGACGAAUUUGCAAAAGCUGCUGAAAGGCUUCAUAGUGCCAAUCCGGAGAAAUGCAGAUUCGUCACCAAGUACAACCACACAAAGGGACAGCUCGUGCUGAAGCUCACCGAUGACGUGGUCUGCCUUCAAUACAGUACGAAUCAAUUGCAGGAUGUAAAAAAGUUGGAGAAGUUGUCAUCGACCCUGCUUCGCGGUAUUGUCACUCAAUAAACACGCUUUGUUUUAUGUUUAUGGUUUAAUUAAGUAUUUAAAUAAAAAAAGUUUAUAUUUAUU